AUGGUCUUGUCAGAAUGGUUGCUGUCUUAACCAUCAUGUUGCUAGCUUGACUUUCCACCAGCUGGAAUUUCCGCCAGGGUGAUUUCCCUCAGGUUGAAUAUAGCCGACCAUGCAAAACGAACACCAGUUAGCGUGAGUUAAAACAAUCCCCCAUAACGCAAAUAAGUGAAAAUGUCAAACAGCUUUAAGCGGUGGACUGUCACUGUUUCGGCCAUCCUGACAUAGCUAUUUUGAAGUUAUUCCAGUAUUAGGCAGAAGUUGGCAACACUCGUGCAGUCUUUGACAGCGUUAAACAUGCGUUGACUCGAGCUUCGUGUCCAACACGAUAAUGGUUUUUGUACUGAAAAGAUUUUCACGCAUAGCAUCAGAGGAUAUUUCAUUCACGAAAAGCUCAUUAAUCUUGAAAUAUGCCAACGAGUGGAAGAACACUGUGCUCAAAAGUUUCUCAGAAUAGAAUUUGAGUGGAUCAUCAAACUCUGUGGCGUACGUGUACGACAGCCGAGGACGGUGGUCUGGAACAGGAAAGGGACUGAUGGCUUUGAUGCAAGAGUAGGUGGAGGUGUGACUAACUGACAGAGACAGAGGCAGGAGGUGGGCGGGGCCAUGGUGAUGUGACAGCAGCAGAAGCCGGUUACCAUGACGCUGCUGGCGGGAGACGGCUCGGACUACGACUACAGCGCGCUGAGCUGCGCCUCCGACACCUCCCUCAACCCCCCUCCCCCGCUGCACGAGCGGGAGGCCCUCAAGGGCGUCUUCUACAAGAGGGCCCGGCUCCUCCCCCCGGGCGAGGGGGGCGGCGACCACCCCCCGGCCCCGCCCUCCGCCCGCCGGCUGCACGCCAUCAUCAACGUGGGCGGCCUGCGCUACCAGCUGCCCUGGGCCACGCUGGAGAGCUUCCCCCUGACCCGGCUGGGCCAGCUCCGGCCGAGCGCCAGCUUCGACGAGAUCAUGCGCGUGUGCGACGACUACGACGUGGCGCGAAACGAGUUCUUCUUCGACCGCAACCCCUGCGCCUUCCGCACCAUCCUCACCUUCCUGCGGGCGGGCAAGCUGCGCAUGCUGCGCGAGACCUGCGCCCUCUCCUUCCGCGACGAGCUGCUCUACUGGGGCGUCCCCGAGGACAGGCUGGAGUGGUGCUGCCGCCGGAAGCUUCUGCAACGCGUGGAGGAGUUCCAGGAGCUGGACCAGGCCGAAGAGCUGGAGGACGAGCUGCUGCCCGACCCGGACGCCGGGCCCCGGGAGGCCCCCGACGAGGCCGACGCCCGCACCAGCCUCUGCAUGGCCCGGCUGAGGGACAUGGUGGAGAGGCCGCACUCGGGCCUCCCCGGGAAGAUCUUCGCCUGCCUGUCGGUGCUCUUCGUCACCGUCACCGCCAUCAACCUGUCCAUCAGCACCAUGCCGGCCAUGCGGGAGGAGGAGGAGGAGGGUAAAUGCUCCAGGAUGUGCUACAACAUCUUCAUGGUGGAGACGGUGUGCGUGGCCUGGUUCUCCCUGGAGUUCACCCUGCGCUUCAUCCAGGACCGCAGCAAGCUGGCCUUCCUGAGGCAGCCACUCAACCUGAUCGACGUGCUGGCCAUCCUGCCCUACUACGUCACCCUGCUGGUGGACAGCACCUCCAGCGCCGGCGAGAAGCGCCUGGGCUCGGGCAGCAGCUACCUGGACAAGGUGGGUCUGGUUCUGCGGGUCCUGCGGGCGCUGCGCAUCCUGUACGUGAUGCGUCUGGCUCGCCACUCGCUCGGCCUGCAGACUCUGGGGCUGACGGCGCGCCGCUGCACGCGCGAGUUCGGCCUGCUCCUCCUCUUCCUGUGCGUGGCCAUCGCCCUCUACUCCCCGCUGCUCUACCUCAUCGAGAGCGAGGCGGCCGGCGGCUCGCGCGACUUCAGCAGCGUGCCCUCCACCUACUGGUGGGCCGUCAUCACCAUGACCACGGUGGGCUACGGGGACAUGGUGCCGCGCAGCGUGCCGGGCCAGGUGGUGGCGCUCAGCAGCAUCCUGAGCGGGAUCCUGCUCAUGGCCUUCCCCGUCACCUCCAUCUUCCACACCUUCUCGCGCUCCUACUUGGAGCUGAAGCAGGAGCAGCAGCGGCUCCUGCAGAGGAGGACUCACUUCCUGCUCCGCAACAGGGUGGCGGGGCUCAGCGGGCUGUCGCUGGAGAGCGACGCGCUGUUCGACAGCCUCACGUCCUCCGAGGGCGGGGACACCGAGGACUAACGGGGGCCGCGGGGCGAAUCGGGGGAGUGAGGGGGCAAGGUCUGCGGGGCAUGGCUAAAUGGGGUGGGGCCAGUAGGUGGGAGGAUGAUGAUGGCUUGUCAGUGGGUGAUGGGGACAGGACCAAUGGGACUCAGUAGGUGAUGGGCACAGGACCAAUGACGCUCAGUGGGAGAUGGGGACAGGACCAAUGGGAUAAUCGGAGCAGUGGCAUUCAGAAAUGGGGGCAGGGCCAGUGGGUAGAAGUUGACGAUGUUGUGGCCUUGGAGCUAGGGAAGGGAGAGGACUGGCAGGGGUGGGGCUAAAGGAGAAGGUGAGAGCAGCUCAAACCCCUCCCAUUUUCCCUCCAAGUGACAGCAUCACACAACCUUAUAAUCUUCUUCCAGAAAAAGCUCCAGCUCAGCAGUACUGGCAGGCUGUUGAUGCACCAGAUGAAUCACAUUGUAUUAGAAGCGUAAAAUUGUCCCCAUGCUGCCAUAAAUUACAAGUCACUUUCAACUCAAUGCCCUCACUGUUGAAAUAAAUGUGUGAAUCACAUUUUGUAUCAAAUAACAAAACAUACAUAGCGUGUCAACACUGCCAUUAGUCACACAAAAACAUACAUCAUACUGUUCCAUAUAUAGUUUACAAUCAUGUUUUUUGUUUUUUCAAAUUGGGCCAAAUGGAUGUUCUGUAAGAUUCUAUAAGUAGUGUGAUUAAAAUCUCAUUUUAUGAAUGUAUUUGUGCAUUUUGAUGUCUACCUAUGUAAUCUUUGUCUUGCAAUAUCUCAAUAAAGGUAAUUUCCUUGUGAGUUUCUAA